AUGUACUCUUCAACAGUCAUAGUAUCGCCCAAAGAUGAGGAAGAAGUGCUCAACCAAUCGCGUACGGGUCACGUCUUUCUGUUUGAUGACGACUUGUUCGCAAAAGGAGUCUUCAACCACAGACAGCAUCUGCUCAAACUGCUUGAUGAGGUGACACGUGUCCCAUUAAAGCCGCUUCAAAGAACGGAGAUUACGAGGAACUACACGAUACCGAAGAUGACCUAUUCGUUGGUACUCGGCCAAGUCCAACGAAACACACCCAAAAGGUUGGACAGCUAUAUCAGAAAAUCAAAUAAUGGCUGGCUACGUUUACCCAAGGACACCCUGAUAGGCUACAUCGACGACGGUAAACAACAUGGGGUACUUGGUAUCCCAAGUCUGAGUGCAACAAUCCCGAUGCUGCGAGAAGCGCGUAUCGGAAGGAUCCCUAAUAUCAAUGCCGAGUACUAUGCAAUGUGGUCAACGAUUACGCAUCUGGCAAGACUGUUUGGGAUCUCAGACUUCCGAUCCGAGUCCGCGGUGCACAAAUGA